AUGUCGCUCGGCGAUCCCGAAUCGACAAACGAGAACGACUACUUUGGAUCGAUCGGCAAAGAAAAAGAAAAAGCGCCCGGGCCAGAGAAGCGUAACCCCGACGAGCUGCAGGUCUUUUCGCGCGAGCUGAAUCCUAUGCUUAACCCAGACAGCACUGCCCCUGAGCCUGUUCCUGCCCCUCGCGAGGCGCAGUACGGCGCGCCUGGGCACAAGUGGCGGAUGAUGAAGCUGCGGCGCACGUACGAAAUUGCAGAGCAGUCCGGCGUGCCCGUUGAACAGGUCGCGCUCGAGCGCUAUGGGUCUAUGGACGCCUUUGACGAAGCCCGGCGUGAGCGGCAAUUCCUCGAGGAUGCGGAGACGCCAGCGGGCGACACGUCCAAAGCGAGUGCCCCCCCGCCUCGGUCGGGUAACGCGAGCGUCUUUCGCCGUCCUGCGCCGUCGCCCAUGGAGCGCCCUAGCCCGUCUGUUGCGUCCGCGAAGGCUCCGGCGCAAGACAGCGUGCGCAUCCCCAGUGUUCUACCCCGCGCUGCAGCGCCGAGCAAUGACCAGCCCUCUCCCAGCCUCACGGACCUCAACAAGCUCGAAGCCAAGGCGCUUCGUGCCGAGAUGGCGAAUCGUCCUGAUGCGCCUGCACUGCGUGCGGAACUCGACAAGGCCAAAGCAGCCGCUUCCUCCCAAAGCACGCAAGGCACUGUCGAAGCGCUGCCCGUCCUCGAUGGCUACGGACGCAUGUAUGACCUCGGCACCAGCACUGCGGCGGAGCUCGAGGAGCAAGCGUCGACCAAGAAGCGGGCCAAAGACGCCGAGGAGCCCACCGACGAGUCGCUUGCGGAGCUGGUACGCCAAGAGCGGCUCAGCGCCGGCCGUAUGGACCAGAAGAAUGGCGAUGCCGCGCUUGCGCAGCAAAUUGCGACCGACCACGGCUUUGAGGACGACCUCGAGUACAUGGACGACGAGGCGCAGCGCUUUGCGCGCAAAAAGAUGCGGGAUGAUGCGAUGAAGCGCCAGUUUGCCAUCCAAGACUUUGCGCGCACGAAAAAAGCGCUGGAUGAAUGCAACUUUUGCUGGCAAGACGAAGGGCGGAUGCCCCCCCGAGCCAACAUUGUGUCGACUGGCACCCUGGUCUAUCUCGCGCUCCCCGACCGUGAACCACUUGUGGAUGGCCACUGCUGGAUUGUUCCGAUGCAACACCACGUCAGCUCGCUCGACGUGGACGAAGACGGAUGGACCGAGAUCCGCAACUUUAUGAAAUGUCUGAUUCGCAUGGCCGCGAGCCGCAACCAAUCCAUGGUCUUUUUCGAGACAGUGCUCUCCCUUCGCCAGCAAAAGCACACCUACAUCGAGGCUGUGCCGAUUCCCAACGACGCGUUUGCGGAGCUGCCUGCCUACUUCAAGACCUCGCUCUCGGAGGUCGAGUCGGAGUGGUCUGACCACAAGCAGAUCAUCUACUUUUCCGAGGAGCGUCCCUUCCAGAGGAGUAUGGUAUCCAAGCUCCCCUAUUUUAUGAUCCAGUGGGACUACAAAGGCCAGCGUGGCUAUGGACAUAUUAUCGAGUCGCGCGACGACGAGCACGGCUACCGGCAAGCGGGCCCCAACAAUGACGACGAAGCGGUCUAUGGCGACGGCGACCACCUCGGUGGUAGCGGCUUCCCCAAGUACUUUGCGCAAGAGAUCAUUGGGAGCCUGCUCGAUCUCGAGCCGUACAAGUGGCGCCGUCCGCGGCAUGUGCAAGGCAUGGCCCAGCACCUCGCGCGCUUCCGCGCCUCGUGGGCGCCGUUUGAUUGGACAAAUCUCGUGGCGGAAGGCUCCUAG